ACCCCAGAAAUGGAACCGGGUCCAAUAUCAAUAAUAUAUAUCUGGCGUGCUGGGCGUGCAGCUGUCUCAUAGGAUAUAGUUUAUACUAUACUUCGUGACAUCAGCAGAAGAAUAUUCAAUACUGCUCAAUAUAAUAAAAUACAAUUGAAUGCAGUAAUAAAAACAGAAGGAAGGAUCGUCCACGUAGCUUGUCGAUGAAGAUGUGAUAAAAUUCUGUUUCGGAUCGAAUGCAAAAACGUUAAAAUGAACUUAACCGCAGGAAAUCCAUAUGGAAAUGGCUUACUUUUCGCCGGUUUUAAUCAGGAUCAAGGUUGUUUCGCUUGUGGAAUGGAAAAUGGUUACAGAGUUUACAAUUGCGAUCCACUGAAGGAAAAAGAGCGACAUGAUUUUGCAGAUGGAGAUUUAGGAUACGUCGAAAUGCUUUUUAGGUGCAAUUAUUUAGCUCUGGUGGGAGGAGGCACCAAACCUCUCUAUCCUACAAACAGAGUUAUGAUAUGGGAUGACUUGAAAAAGUCACCAGCGAUCACGUUAGAUUUUAACGCUCCCGUGAAGGGUGUAAAGUUGCGAAGGGACAGGAUAGUGGUGAUUUUGGAGGGUGUAAUAAAAGUCUACACUUUCACCCAAAAUCCACAACAAUUGCACGUCUUUGAGACAAAUCCCAAUCCAAAGGGUUUGUGUUGUUUGUGUCCAAACAGCAAUAAUUCGUUGCUCGCUUUUCCUGGGCGAAAAAAUGGUCACGUCCAAGUUAUAGAUUUGGCGAACGCAGAAAAACAACCUUUGAAUAUAGAAGCGCACGAAACACCAUUGUCGUGUAUUGCGCUGAAUUUACAAGGGACGAGGUUGGCAACAGCUUCCGAGAAAGGAACAUUAAUUCGAGUUUUUGACACUCAAUCUGGAAAUAAAAUUAAUGAGUUGAGAAGAGGCGCAAAUCACGCAAAUAUUUAUUGUAUAAAUUUUAACCAUGAUUCGACAUGGUUGUGCGUUGCAAGCGACCACGGAACCGUUCACGUUUUUGCAGUGGAGGAUCAAAAAUUAAAUCGGCAAUCAAGUUUAGCAUCGGCUAGUUUCUUGCCAAAGUACUUUAGCUCCAGUUGGAGUUUUUGUAAAUUUCAAGUUCCAGGAGGACCACAAUGUAUGUGUGCAUUUGGAAAAGACAAUAAUUCUAUCAUAGUUAUAUGCGCAGACGGUAGUUACUACAAAUUUGUGUUCAACAACAAGGGCGAGUGCACUAGAGACUUAUACGCUCAAUUUCUAGAGAUGACUGAUGACAAAAUGUGACUUGAGAAAUUUCCAAGAGGAGGAAUUUACUCCCAAUUGCGAAGCUCGCUUCAACUGCACUACAAAAACAACUCAGUGUUUCCCCGAAAUCUGAGAAAAGUAGUCCAGUUGCACCGAAACUAGGAUAAGAUUACUUGAUCGUCGCGCAAGCCCAAAGAAAAGGGAUUGAAUCUCAAUCGCAGAUCCACGAAUUUGAGAUCAGAUAACAGUAUAACUGUGACUCUGGAUGACUCACCAAGAGAAAAAUUUUGCCGCAUUCGAAGCUUGAAUGUCGCCAAAGCAAGUCUAGACUGCUAGCGCCAUCUCUGUCGAUAUUUGUUGAUGUUCAGUGACUUACAGCGCCACCAGUUUGGAACUAUUGGAAAGAAAUUUCUAUUUCGAUUCAAUAUCAAUCAAAAAUUUGAUAUUUAAUUCAUUUUAGAUCUGAGCAUAAUAUUUUUCAUUAAAAUUAAUGCCAGGUGGCGCUGUGGUCGUUGUAGGGCGUGUGGAGAGAGGAAAAAUUUGACAGAGUGACAAUUGUUUUGCAUAAUUUAUUAUAAAUAUAGAGUUAGAGUUUCUAACUGUAUUUCGUACUCUAAUUAUUUUAUUAUUGUUAGUUAAUUUUAAAGACUUUAUGAAAUGCUUCUAGAAGUCGCUGAAAAACGGGUUUUAUGUCAAAUAUUGCGAGAAUUUUUUUAUCUAAAUCUACUUUUCAAAAUAUUGCAUACAUAUUUACAGUAUCAUGCGUAUGAUAUUAUAGAAUUUACAUCACAGAGGAAUUAUAAGUUUCCGUCACAUAGACGGAAGUGAAAAUUUUUUUUCAAGAUUCUUUAUAGCAUUAAAGACAUAAUUGGGAAUUGCGUUCUUGUCUAGGAUUCCCAGCACUAUUUAUUUGAUAUUUUACAAAUUUGGUAUCCAGAAUUGAUACCCCUAUCCAAUAGGGUGGGUCGAAAAAAAUUGGAAAUCAUAAACAGCAGGGAAAUAAUAAAUUUUUUGAAAUUUUGCUUGAUUGUCCGAGAAUUAAGGACAAUCGAAAAUUUUCUGGACAAAAUUUUAUAACGUUUAUUACAGCUUAAAUUAAUUUUUUUUCCUGUAUGUAAAAACAGA